AUGGCAAACGCUGACAGAGAUUUCGAUAACGACGAUGAAUUUUUGUAUGGCGGAAUUGAAGAGCAGACUGUUGUUGAAUCUCAAGUAUCGAAAGAGGGUGAGGAAACUAAUGAUAUCGGCAAUUUCAAUGAUGAAGCUUCUAAAGAAGUAAAUCAAGCAGAUGUAGAUUCAAUAAAAAUCGUGCAGGUUGAUGAUCAGGAUAUGUAUUUUCCUCCAGAAAUAAAAGACCAUCAAACUACCCAUGUUAUUCAUGAUGACAAAACCACUCAAAGCACCUUUGUUCAGAACUAUAAUAUUCAAGGGAUCCAAAAUAAUCCAGAUACGAAGGUUAACCAAGAUAACCAAGUUAUAAAUACUUCGGGCAACGAGAAUAAUCAAGAUAAGGAGGAUUAUCAAGAUAGCCAAGAAAUUCAAGAAGGACGUGAUAUGCAAGAUAUUGAUCCAUUAGAAAUGUCAACAGAGAAUGGAAACGUGGCAGAUUCAUCAGAAGAACAAGAACAAACAGUCGAAGCGAAAAGUAUAGAAGGUGUUCAAGCGUCUUCAAGUCGCACACCAGGCGUAGAUAUUAAUGUUAUCGGGACAUUCGAAGGAACUGGCAUAUAUGAUGUCGAUUUAGACUCAUUUGAAGAUAAACCUUGGAGAAAACCAGGUGCGGAUAUUACGGAUUACUUUAAUUAUGGGUUCAAUGAAUAUACAUGGAAAGCAUAUUGCGCGAAACAAAAACAGAUGCGCGAAGAUCAGCAUCAACGCAAGAAAAUACACGUAUAUGAAUCUAAACAAGAAAUGAAUAAUUUGCCCGAAUUGCAAUCCAUCAAUCAAUCCUCAUCGGGAGGGCAAGAACAUAAUAGAUUUCCGCAACAACGCGGACGAGGACGUCGUGGACGAGACCAAGACGAUUCAGUGAUCCAAGUCGUUUCAAGUGAAAGAGAAGCAGCUUUGGAAGAACUAGAACCAAUUCCACCUCCGUCGAUGGAUCAAAGCGAUGAAUUUAACAUGGAAGGUGGAUACCCACAAAAUUUUUCAGGGAAUCCGAUGGGAAUGGGAAUGUUUCCACCACCGGAAAUGGGAGGCCCCAUGGGACCACCACCUUCUUUUUUCAUGUCAAAUCCUGAUAUGCCACCAACUGGUCCAAUGGGUUUCGAUCCAUCAUAUAGAGGUCAACCUAUGCGAAAUAUGAUGCGUCCGGGAGGAAUGCCUGGUAGCAUGCCAGGUGGGAUGCCGGGGAUGCCAGGGAUGCCGGGGAUGGCAAGGGGAAUGCCUCCUAACAUGCAAGGCGGUAUUCCUGGUGGGAUGCCUAUGCCUAGAGGUAUGCCUGGAAUUCCUGGAGGAAUUCCUGGUGGUAUGGUCGGACGAGGUCGUGGAAUGCCAAUGGAAGAAAGACCAUACUUUUCCAUGGAUGAACCAACAUGGGAAAUGGAAAAUCGUAACUCUCCGUCUUUUCGUCCUGGACAUGGUGGAUUUCAAGGUAGACCACCGACUGGACCAAUGUUAGGUCCGAGUGGAAAUAGACCAGAUUGGGAACAUUCUCCACCUCCAGAUGCACCAUUUGCACAUAGGAUGCGACCACCUUUCCGUCCCCCUACUGGACCAGCUGGUUCCUCAGUAAAUAGCCCAAGUUCAGAUAGAGAAGAGGAAAGAGGUGGCGAUAGAAGCGCAUCAGGAAGUGUUGAAAGAUCACAUGGAUUUACACGGAGGGAAGAUGAAAGAUGGGAUGGAUCGCGAAAAAGAACUACUGGAGAUGCACCACGCGAUGACGAUGAAAUUAGAGCAAAACGACGACAUUAA